AUGGCUGAUCUCUUGGGGCUCAGUCCACUUACGCUUCACUAUGCUUAUUUCAUAAUUGCGCCUACGAUUGGCAGUCUUAUAUUCUAUACGGCUUCGACGCAGAUCCAUGAGCUCCACUAUGUUGAUGCUUUGUUCAUGUGCUUCAGUGCUAUGACAGGGACGGGAUUGAAUGUGAUGGACCUGUCUACAAUCAAUUCUGUUCAACAAGGCACCCUGUUUACGCUCCUUAUCAUCGGUCAUGCUAUUCCCAUCUUCGGAGUCGUCUCAUUAAUACGCCUUUGGUCGCUGCGAUAUACCUUGACCGUCAACUUGAACAAGGACAAAGCAGAGUCGAUUACACCUUGUGCACCGAUUUUGGAAUCACAUGAGAAGCCUAUCCUCGAUUAUAAGCAAGAUACCCUUUUGGCCAAAAUUGAGAGUAAGGUAACGAUCGCCACAGCUGUGAGAGAGGUUCCAGCAGAUGUUUCAAACCCGGACGAGCUUAAAGGAUCAUGGAACGAUUAUGGUUUCAUUGUUUACACGGACCCAAGACACCCCGAUCGAAGUCAACGAGCGUCUUCCAUUACUAUUUUUGGUGAAGAAAAGGAAAACAGCAAUGAAAGGGUACAGACUCCAUGCAUGGCCACCAACAUCAAGAGCAUCAUCCAACGUGCAGCCGAUCGCAUCACCUGUCAAAACACAGUUAACUACGAUGAACCUGGUGGAGUAGAGUACCUGGCCCUCUCCUUGAUCUCGGUAGUAGUAUUGCUCUAUUUCAUUUGUUUCCUUCUACUCGGCAUCAUUGUCCUUGGUUUCUGGUCCAAGUUUGUUCGCCCGGAUAUCCCGCUGGAGGAUGACGCCAACCCGUUCUGGGCUGGCGCCUUUCUUGCGACAUCUGCGCUCUGCAAUAACGGCAUGUCUCUCAUCGACACCAAUAUGGGUCCAUAUCAGAAAGAGGCCUUUCCGCUUCUUGCCUGCGGCAUUCUCAUUCUCGCCGGAAACACCCUUUUCCCUUGCCUCUUGCGACUCUCUAUCUGGGCCACGAGAGCGAUGAUGCCAGACAAGCCUAAUUGGCAGUUGUGGCGACGGACUUUCGAUUUCACUCUUGCUAAGUCGCAGAAUGUCUGCGCUUACUUGUAUCCUGCUUGGCACACUUGGUUCUUGCUGGGUACUGUGAUUACACUCAAUGCCAUGAUGUGGGGUGCUUUCGAGGUUUCUGCCAUUCACAACGAGGAGAUUGGCUCUCUACCGCCUAAGUUUCGGGUCCUUGAUGGUCUUUUCCAGGCAUUAGCCGUGCGUGGUGGCGGUUUUUCAGUGGUCGCAUUCGAUCGGUUACCACAGGGACUGCUCAUUCUAUAUGGUACGCUUUUUAGUCCCAUCUGUCCAAUGCUCUCUGUGCUAAUGAACUUACUUAGCUUUUAUGAUGGUAAGGGCUCUUAUACGAUCGCAAACCAAAAUGUAGAAGCUAAUCACGUCUGCCUUCAGUAUCUUUCGGCCUUUCCAGUCUCAGCCGCUAUCAGUUGCACAGAAAUCACGAAAAUAUGGACCAGGAAAGAUAUUCAUGAAGAGGACAAUCGCCCAAGUCUCUCGAAUUUUGUUCGGAGUCGCUUCGUUUACCAUCAACUUCGCUCUCAGUUCAGCCACGACAUCUGGUGGCUUUCCUUCGCUAUACUUCUCAUAACUGUCACGGAAUCUGGUCACUUCAAAACUGACCCCUUGGCAUUCUCUACUUUCAACAUCAUUUUUGAAUGCAUUUCUGCAUACAGCUGUGUUGGUGUGACUGUUGGGUUUCCUGGUCAGAGCUUCGCGUUUUGUGGCGCCUGGCAUACAUUCAGUAAGCUGUUGCUUAUUGCAAUCUCACUGCGCGGAAGACAUCGUGGCCUGUCUGUUAUUAUUGAUCACACCGCCCUUUUCCCUCAAACACAGGGCAGUACUGAAGAGAACUGGACAUGCGAGGAGAAGGGCAAGCAUGUAGAUAGGAAAGAAGCGCCGCUGGGCUGCGUUUGA